GACCCUCCUCUGCUGGACCGGGAUGCCUUACUGGAUAUGGAGGUGGAGAGCCCGACUCCUCCUAUACAGGCUGAGCACAGCUAUUCGCUGAGUGAAGACUCCGCCCCACAGAGUCCCGCCCUCACUAUAAAGGAGGAAGAUGAAGACAGCCCCAGCGAACCUGGGAGCGCAGUGUGGGCCCUGGAGCAUGAGCUGUGUUCAUUACUGGUGAAACAGGAACAGAACAUGUUAUCACAGGCAGAGCCCACAUACCCGACAAGUGCACCUCUGGAACAAGCACUGGGGCCAGGGGUUCUGCAGAAUGACGAGAAUGUCUGCAGGACACCAAUAUCACAUAUAAAGGUAGAACCAGGAGUACCAAACCACCUGCUGAAUAUACCACAAGAUGUAAUGGGGGUCAUGCCCUUAACUCCUCCCAGUAGCCAUAGCAGUGAUAGUGAUGGAUCUCAAAGUCCACGAUCUCUUCCGCCUCCCAGCCCUGCCCGUCCAGUACCCCGAUCCUCCCAUGCCAUCUCAUCAUCACCGCUCCUCACUGCCCCUCAUAAACUGCAAGGGACAUCGGGACCUUUAAUGCUGACGGAGGAAGAAAGGCGGACAUUAGUUGCUGAGGGCUACCCCAUUCCUACCAAACUCCCGCUCACUAAAACUGAGGAGAAAGCUCUGAAAAGAGUGCGCAGGAAAAUAAAAAACAAGAUCUCAGCCCAGGAAAGCCGGAGGAAGAAGAAGGAAUAUGUAGAGUGC